GCGGCGGCUGGCGGAGACUGACCUGGAGGGGCGGGGGCGGGGCGGCGUGGAGGAGGCGGAGGCCGGCGGUCAGCUCCGCUCCAGCUCUUUUGCCAUGUCCCGCCAGGCGAAGGACGACUUCCUGCGGCACUACACAGUCUCCGACCCCCGGACCCACCCCAAGGGCUACACCGAGUAUAAAGUGACCGCACAGUUCAUCUCAAAGAGGGACCCAGAGGAUGUCAAAGAGGUGGUGGUCUGGAAGCGGUACAGUGACUUUCGAAAGCUGCAUGGAGACCUGGCCUACACCCACCGCAACCUUUUCCGCCGCCUGGAGGAGUUCCCUGCCUUCCCCCGCGCACAGGUGUUUGGCCGCUUUGAAGCAUCGGUGAUCGAGGAGCGGCGAAAGGGGGCCGAGGACCUGCUUCGCUUCACUGUGCACAUCCCCGCGCUGAACAACAGCCCGCAACUCAAGGAGUUCUUCCGGGGAGGGGAGGUGACACGGCCCUCCGAGACGUCCAGAGACCUGAACAUCCUGCCACCCCCUCUGAUCCCCACACCGCCCCUCGACGAGCCCCGGGUGCAGCCUCAUGAGCCCUGGUUGCCCCAGCCGCUCCCCGCAGAGAGGAGGGGCCUCGAGGAACUGGAGGUGCCAGUGGACCCCCCGCCCUCCAGCCCUGCCCAGGAGGCCCUGGAUCUCCUCUUUAACUGCGAGAGCGCCGAGGACGUGUCCAGCUCCCCUGCCCGAGGCCCCCUCACUGAGGCUGAGCUUGCCCUCUUCGACCCCUUCUCCAAGGAAGAAGGUGUAGGCCCCAGUCCUACCCACAUAAGUGAGCUGGCAGCACUGGAGGCGGAAUCUGAAAGGCUGGAUCAGGAGCCCUGGGAGCCCGGAGGGCAGGUGGAGGAAGAGGAUGAGGAAGGAGGGCCCACCCCCGCCUAUCUCAGCCAAGCCACAGAGCUCAUCACCCAGGCUCUACGGGACGAGAAGGCAGGUGCCUACCCUGCAGCUUUGCAGGGCUAUCGGGACGGCGUGCACAUCCUACUUCAGGGAGUUCCUGGUGACCCAUCACCUGCCCGCCGGGAGGGUGUGAAGAAGAAGGCGGCCGAGUACCUGAAGCGGGCAGAGGAAAUCCUGCACCUGCAUCUGUCCCAGCUCUCACCCUGAGAUGGGAGUGGACCCUUUCCUAGGACUCUAGCUGCAGCACUGCCAGCCACCCUCUUCUCAUCUCUGGUGCCUGGCCUGAUCUCCUGGUCUUGUAACUCCAGAGGCCAUUUCUGUAUGUAACUGGAUCAAGAAUGAGAAAAAUAAUGAAUUCUCAGCUCCUUGACCCCACCUGCCACCUUGGAAUCAGGGAUUCACACGUCUGAUCCUGCUUGUCUCUCAUCUUGAUACGUGAGCAGCAGCUCUUUUCCCUGAGCUCCCUGUUUAUCCAUCUGGAACCAGGGUCUGCAAACUACAUCCUGCAGCCAAAUAUGGCCCACUGCCUUUUUUUUUUUAAGGCCUAUGAGCUAGAAGAGUUUUUACUUUUUUUUAAUUGUUGAAAAAAUUCAGAAGAAUAAUAUUCUGUGACAGGUGAAAAUUAUAUGGAAUUUGAGUGUCUAAAAAAUAAAAGUUUAUUGGAAC